AUGUGUGACCGCAUUGAGCAAAAAGAUGGCCAUGCAGGAGUUUCGAUAUACCGCGCCUCGGAUCUUGCGAAAUGUUCUCUGAAAGUCCUAAUCUCGCGAAAGGCAAUUCCUUAUCUCGCAAUCACACUAUUUGGGUGUACUCUUGCAGAGACAUCAACAGGAUGGGUCCUACAGGUUGAACAGGGUCCUGAUGUGGAACUUAAAGGCGGCGGCACUUUCAAGUUAUCUCGUACAAGUGUAGACGCAGUCGGACUAUUCAUCGGGAAACCUAUCCGCGAGUUGGUGGAUCGAGGGGAUGAAAUGACGUCGCUGCUCAGUCUAUCCGUCUGGGGCUCGCCAAAGUCUAACGGUAUGAUCGAGGUUGAAGCGCAUGCCGACAAACUCGAAACAAUCGCCCUGAAGCUCUGGCCGCUCUCAGAGUAA